CUGCAGUCUCAGUGAGUCAAACCGAAAGUAAGUUGAAGAUGAAGAGCCGUUAGAGAAACAGAGAAGAUCACAGAUGUGGAGGAUUUCAGACGAGACAUUAUGUGGGAGUGAGGGAACACAGGCAUACGCCAUUCACAAAAAAGUACAGAGAGCAGAGUGUCCAGUGUCCUGCUGUGUCUGUGAAGACUGAAAACCUCAUGAUGGAGCCUCAUCACUUCAGCAGUGGAGAAGGAACCUCUGACUCAAAACUGCAGACAUACAAAACAGAACCUCCAGAGCCCAGCUGUGUGUCUAUGAAGAGCCACAAGUCAAUGUUUGAGCCUCCUGUAUUCAGUAAUGAAAGAACCAGUACUGACCUGAGUCUACAGUCAUACAGAGCUGAACAUCCAGAGCCCAGCUGUGUCUCUAUGAAGAGCAACAAGUCAAUGUUUGAGCCUCCUGUAUUCAGUAAUGAAAGAAACAGUACUGACCUGAGACUGCAGACAUUCAGAGCAGAAUCUCCAGAUUUCAGCUGUGUGUCUAUGAAGAGCAACAACUCAAUGUUUGAGCCUCCUGUUUUCAGUAAAGAAAGAACCAGUACUGACAUGAGACUGCAGACUUUGAGAGCUGAACCUCCAGAGCCCAGCCAUGUGUCUAUGAAGAGCAACAAGUCAGUCAACAAGCCUACUGUUUUCAGUAAUGAAAGAACAAGUUCUGAUAUGAGGUGUGUCAAGGAUGCGUCACUCCAGUAUCAGUCCAAAUGUGGAGUAUGUGAGCAGAUUCAGACAGAUCUGGUCUCUAUCAACUGUGGACACACUUUCUGUAGACAGUGCAUCAACAGCUAUUGGAACCAGUCUGCUCAGUCAGGAGACUUUGCCUGUCUCCACUGCAGAAAGAGGUCUAAGACACGUCCUGUUACACAUCCAUGUUCCAACACAGAGGAGUCCAUGAAGCAAAAUUACUGCCAUCCACUGGAUGAUGUUCUGCACAGAGUCUUAGAGAGACAUAAAACCAGAAUGAAGAACAGGUAUGAGAGCUUAUUUGAGGGAUUCAAAACACAAGAGAAUAAAACCCUCCUGAACAGGAUUUACACUCAGCUCUACAUCAUAGAGGGAGAGAGUGAAGGAGUGAAUGAAGAACAUGAAGUUCUACAGAUUGAAAAAACACUCUGGGACCAACACUGGCAAGAUACCCCAAUUAACUGCUUAGAUAUCUUUAAACCUGUACAGUGCACUGUAGGAGAAAUGGAAGAGGACAGCAUCAGAACUGUGAUGGCUGAAGAUGUCAGAUAUGAAGAAAGAGAAGUUAAAGGUCCACAAGUGCAGAAACUCAGAGCUGUGCUGACUAAAGGAAUUGCUGGCAUUGGAAAAACAGUCUCUGUGCAGAAGUUCAUUCUGGACUGGGCUGAAGGAAAAGCCAAUCAGGAUGUAGAUUUGAUGUUUGUGCUUCCAUUCCGAGAGCUGAACCUGAUUAAAGAUCACCAGUACAGUCUUCAUAGACUUCUGUGUGACUUCCAUCCUGAGCUCAAAGACCUGGACAGAAAGAUUUAUGAUGAGUGUAAAAUGGUGUUCAUAUUUGAUGGCCUGGAUGAAAACAGAAUUCCACUGAGCUUCUUACAGUGUGAGAACCUGUCAGACAUAACCAAGGAGUCACCACUGUAUGUGAUAAUGACCAACCUCAUCAAAGGAGAGCUGCUUCCCUCCGCUCACAUCUGGAUAACCUCUCGACCAGCAGCAGCCAAUCAGAUCCCUCGUCAGUACAUCAACCGUGUGACAGAAAUUCAGGGAUUCAAUGACCCACAGAAGGAGGAGUACUUCAGAAAGAGAGUCAGUGACCAAGACCAAGCCAACUUCAUCAUCUCACACAUUAAGAAAACAAGGAGCCUCCACAUCAUGUGUCACAUUCCAGUCUUCUGUUGGAUCUCAGCCACUGUGCUUCAGCACAUAAUGAAACAGGGUAUUACAGAAAUUCCUAAAACUCUGACUGCAAUGUAUUCACACUUCCUGAACACUCAGACAAUCAUGAGAAACGAGAAGUAUGAGGAAAAUUCUGAGAUAAAUCCAAAGGAUCUAUUGGGAUCCAACAGAAAGUUGCUUCUGAAACUGGCUGAACUGGCUUUCAAACAGCUGAUGAAGGGCAAUGUGAUGUUCUAUGAAGAGGACCUGAGAGAGUGCGGCAUUGAUGCCUCUGAGGCCUCAGUGUACUCUGGCAUUUGCACUGAGAUCUUUAGAGAAGAAUUUUUGCUGUACCAGAAGAAGGUCUACUGCUUUGUUCAUCUGAGCUUUCAGGAGUUCCUGGCUGCUCUCUAUGUGUUUCACUGCUAUGUGAGCCAGAACAUGGAGGAACUGCAAGUUUUUAAGAUACAGAACAAAGAGCAGUCUGACAGCAUUUCAUUGGAAGAUCUGCUAAGGGGAGCUGUACAAAAAGCUGUAAAGAGUGAGAAUGGAAACCUGGAUCUGUUUCUCCGUUUUCUGCUGGGAAUUUCACUGGAGUCCAGUCAACAGCUCUUAAAAUACCUUCUGAUAGAAACAGUGAGUAGCUCAGAGAGCAUCAAGAAAACAGUUCAGUAUAUCAAACGCCUAAUACCAACAAAGAAUCUUACUUCAGAGAAAUCCAUCAACCUGUUCCUCUGUCUCACUGAAAUGAAUGACCAGUCUUUAUCCCAAAAAAUCCAGGAAUAUCUAAAAUCUAAUAAAGACUCGAAAAAGAAACUGUCUAGUGGAGAGUGUUUAGCACUAGCCUACAUGCUUGUGACUUCUGAGGAGGUGCUGGAUGAGCUGAACCUGAAAAAUUACAACACAACCAGGAGUGGUCAUUUGAGAUUGAUCCCAGCUGUGAGCAACUGCAGAAAGGCUAUACUAGCUGGGUGUAAACUUCCCACACACUCCUGUGAAACUCUCUGCUCUGCUCUGAAAUCAACCAACUCACUCCUGAAAGCACUGGACCUCAGUAACACUGGCCUGAAAGACUCAGAAGGGAAGCUGCUCACUGCUGCAUUGAAGAGUUCAAACUGUGUACUGGAGAUACUCAGACUAUCUUCAUGUAAUAUUGGGAGAUCAUCUUGUGAAAAUCUAGGAUCAGCUUUACAGCUGAUAAACUCCUCCCUGAAAGAGCUGGACCUCAGCAAGAAUGACCUUCAGGAUUCAGGAACAGAGCUGCUCUCUGCUGGACUGAUGAGUCCACACUGUAAACUGGAGAUACUCAGGUUAUCUGGUUGUAUGAUUACAGAGGUAGGCUGUUCUUCUCUGGCUUCUGCUCUGAGUGCAAACCCCUCACAUCUGAAAGAACUGGAUCUGACCUACAACCACCCAGGAGAUACAGGAGUGAAGCUGCUCUCUGCUAGACUGGAGGAUCCACACUAUAGACUGGAGACGCUCAGGUACAGAAAGCUUUCUGUGUGUGUGUGUGUGUUGGAGUCAAUAAUAAUAAUAAUUAUCAUUAUUAUUGUUACUGUUAUUUAUAUAUCGAGAGAUAUAGAUAUGGUAUAGUGAAUUGUUACAGGCGCAAUAAUACAAUGCAGUAUGUCUGGUAAAAUGACCACAAAUGUAGAUGACCUGAUAAAUCGGCAGGUACAUUUAUAUCCAGCUUCCUGUCUUUUGCGUUGUGACUGAAGCACCGGAAUCUGUCUUGCCCAUGUGUGUAUAGUUGUGUACAAGAAAGGUCAAAAAUUUCAGUGAAAUUCUCUUGAUUGAGGGUGUUUGAACACAGAAGUCUUAAAAUAUUCCCCAAAUUGUAAUAUCAGGGCUGUAGCGUUUUAGUAAAACUGCAGUUACUGCACUGUAUUAAAUGCAGGUGUAGUAAAAUGGACACACUAAAAAAAAAACUAAAAGCUGUAUUACUGGAUAAUGUACAUCAUUUUUUUUAAUACCAAAGUAAUUCCAUCCAGUAAUUCCGUUUUACUUCAUUUAUUACACAAAUAAAACAAAUACAGUACUACAGUACUAGAAUUUACAGUAGUAUCCUGCUGCGCUCUAGACUGCUGUUUUUAUUAAACCAGUAACACUACUUUUGUACUGUGUCAGUUUUACUGUGUUUGUACUGCAGUAUUAAAAACUGCAACAAUACUACAUACUGCACUGCAGAUUUUAAGGCAAAGGCAAAUGUAUUAAUAUAACACAUUUCUUACACAGAGGCAAUUCAAAGUGCUUUACAUUAUUAAAGCAUUAAAAAUGGAAAUAAAACAAUGUAAAAAAAAGCAUAAAAAUAAAAUAACUAAAUAUAUAAAGUGCAGAAUAAAGUGCUAACAGAAACUUAGUUUGUGUGAAAUGUAGAGUUGCACAGAUACAUUUUCAGUCUAUUUUUAAAACGCUAACAAUCUGAGCACAUCUCACAGCUUCAGGAAGUUUGUUCCAGUUAACGGCAGCAUGAUGGUUAAAUGCUCCCUCAGUGUGUAGUCCCGGUUCUAGGCACUGUUAAGUGAUUGAACUCUACUGAUCUGCAGUCGGUUGCACCAGCUGAACGUAAUUUGGGGUGUAAAGUCCAUCCUAAACCUUACAUUGAGAGCAGUUAGUUCAAAACUAGUGACACAGAAUUUUGGUUGCACCACAGACGUUUAUGGUACAUCUUAACUAGUAGAGUGUGAAGUGAUUGCAGAUCAAAACACUGUCGCAUAGAAUGACGUUUUCACUCUGCAGCCAAUCAGUAACGCUACCCUACAUGAACAGGCAACAUUACACGCAUGAUCUCCACACGCAGUGAAGUUUCUCUCUUCAUGGGCUACUUUGCUUAAAGUAUGUCAGUAGUAGUAGUAGGG